AUGGAUCCACUACAACAACGACUACUUGCUCAAAUUCUACAACAACCUGAGCAGAAAUCCCUGGAACUAAAAAGAUAUCAGACAACAGUGGAACAUUUGCAACAGCAAAUUUUAAAUCCGGAAUCAUCAAUGGUUAACAAUUCUUGGUUUCAGUUACUUGCCAUGCAACGGAAUGGAACGACAUAUUCAAAUUUCAUGCACAAUUUGAAUGUUCCUCCUAUCUGGUCAACUUCUACCUGUAAUAGACAAUCAAUUUUAUCGGGAUUUAAUUCAAUUAUGAACACAAAUUAUCUUCCAGCAAUUACACCCUUAACGAUGUCAUUAUUGAAUAUACCGUCCGUUGAGGAAGCACAAUUUGAUGAAUUGGCAAGUUUUUUGGUUGUGGACGAAUUAAAAAAAAUAGCAGAUUCUACCAAACAAACAUGGCAGAAUCUCAUCCGACAUCACGAAAUGCAAUUACCACGGCUAACAACACAGCACGGAUUGCAUCAGCACGUUCCAUCGGUAUCGCCGUUCAUGAAACGCCGAAUUUCGCAACAAUCUUUACAAGCAAUGGAAAGCAAUCAAAUGACAGCGAUCAAACGAGCUAAAGUAAUUGUGAUCGAACAGAAAGAUCCGGAAUCUACACCCUGUUGCUCUUCUAAUGACUCCGUCAGAAUGUCAAUCUUCAAAAGAAUGGAACAGUCGCAGGAAAACAUCGAAGAACUUCGCAGUAAUAUUUACGGUAAACGGAAAGGAAAAAAUGUUAAAUGUGAUGAUAGUAGCAGUGUCAAAAAUCACCAUAGCGACAAUUGUAAGAAUGAAGAUGGUGAAGACUUACAAUAUGUGGAUGUUGAAAGUGUAGAUGAGAAGUUGGAUACUAAAGAGCAGAAGAAAGCAUUGAUCGAAUUCUACCGGAAAGUUAAAACAAUCCGAAUGAGUUAUGCGAGAGAAGACCUAUUGAUCUGUCAGAUGUGUGAACAAAAAGUACAAAACUCGGAUUCAUUAAUACUAAUUCAUUUGUAUGGACAUGCUGAAGUUAUGCCAUAUCGUUGCAAAAUGUGUGGCGCUAGUGAAUGUCAGCUAGAACGAAUGUAUGCUCACAUCAGACAAGGACAUCCCAAUAAGGAUCCAUCAAUAACUUAUGAGAAUCGACGAAAUAUGGCUCAGCUAAUAUCUUUAUUGCGAACAUGCUUCCCGCGGAAUAUUACCAAAGCAAAGGCUGCAUAUUCUCACUUAAUUGAUAAGAUAUGUGCGAUUGCAAAGGAGAAAUCGUUGACAAAAUUGACGUGUAUAAUUUGUGGAAGAAAAAUUUCAACACGAAAGAAGUCGUUAAUGCGUCAUGCUCAAGCACAUCUUCAUUAUAGAUGCAAAGAGUGUGGUAUCGUAUUGUUUGGUGAAACAACCGUCAUUGAACACUGUACAAAAAAGCACGGUACCGCUGAUCCACAACAUACUGUCCAUUACGGUUCAUGCAUCAACACUUCCGAUAAAAGAGAAAUUACGCUAAAAAAUUGCUUCAACAAUAUUUUGAGUGAAUACUGUGAAAAAAAAAGAAUGAAAGAAAUUAUAUCUUCUCUUUAA